AGCACAACUCCUGACGUAUCUGAGGAGAGGAGAGAAGAGGAAAGGAGAGGAGAAAACAGAAGAGAGACUUUUUAUGAAGACAUAGUUUAUAUUAUCUGGGGUGUCUUGACUGGACAUACUCAGAAGACUCCAGAUGUGUGUAGUUAGAGUCUUCUAACAUUAAUCUACCAGUACUGUAGUAUCUGAUAACAACACAGCAAAGGUCGAUAGGUACACACUAUUUGUCCCACGAACGAUGUUCAACAGAAUGCAGGAGCAUGCUCUGACAGAAUGACAACUCUGUGGCUUGAAACGUCCCACUCGCUCGACUACACCCUUCCACCAGUGAUCAUUCACCUUGGUAACCACACCACGACAGCAUUGAAUAGCAACCAGUCCUGUAGUGGUGAUGAUGAGAUCUUUAAGUACCGAGCCUACACUGUCACCUACCUACUGGUGUUCCCUAUGGCGUUUCUUAGCAACAUUGGAGCGCUGUUUGUGUUCCUGCGACUGAUGCCCAAACGGUCUGCGUCCUCUGUCCUCAUGACCAAUCUCGCCCUAUCAGAUGCAUGCUUCUCCCUCACCCUGCCGCUGCGAUUGGCCUACUACUUCAGAGGCGCUCGCUGGGACCUCCCUGAUUGGCUGUGCCGACUGUGUGUGUUUUGCUUCUAUCUCAACCUCUACACCAGCGUUCUCUUCCUUACUGGACUGAGCGUGCUCCGUUGGCUGGCCGUGCUGAAGCCUCUCCGUCAUCGAGCCUUGGCCACGCCCCUUCGUGCUUUAUUGGCUUGCUUGGGCAUUUGGCUGUUUGUAGGCGGCGCUUCAGUCCCAUUCCUGUUUUCGGGGACCAGGGUGAGGGCGGGACUAACACGCUGCUUCGAGCCACGUAACCCUGCCUCCUGGAAGAUGAUCUUCAUUCUCAACUACGUGGGCAUGACAUUCGGCUUCCUGAUCCCGUUCCUCACCAUCCUCGGUUGCUACGGCUGCAUCAUCCACCGACUGACAGCUACAGUCUCGUCAGCAUUAGGGUUGACUGGUAGCCUGAACAGGAACAAGAUACGUAACCAGGGGAGACGUCGGCGCCGGCGCCGGUCUCUGCGUCUGGUCGCCAUGGUGAUCUGCACAUUCCUACUGUGCUUUCUGCCCUAUCACGUGGCUCGCUCACUGCACCUGCACGCGGUGGUGGGCAGGUGGGGCUGUGUUGCUACGGCGACACUGCAGCGGGUGUUGGUGGUGACGCUGUGUCUAGCGGCGGCCAACAGUGCGGUUAACCCUCUGUUGUACUACUACUCCGGGGAGACCUUUAGAGCGGUCAUACGCAGCGCCUCGUCACGACGACGGUCCUUCUCCUCCUCCUUCACUCAGGGCAGCCUGCUGCUCUCUCGCAGAAAGAAGACCACAAUGCCUACAACAGCAACAAUUCGAGACUCACCCCUCGCUCCACCCCUAACCCUUCCUGGGUCCCUACCAGACACACCCCUCGCUCCACCCCUAACCCUUCCUGGGUCCCUACCAGACACACCCCUUGCUCCACCCCUAACCCUUCCUGGGUCACUACCAGACAGAACCCUCGCUCCACCCCUAACCCUUCCUGGGUCCCUACCAGACACACAAAGCCGUGUGGAAGACAGUCUAUAAAGGGUUCAAAACCUAUUUGCCCUAUAUCCCACCUACUUACAGACACUGAGACCUGAACACCUAGCUACAUUCUCCAGAAUCAGAGACACUUUUCUGCACAUGUAAAAUGGAGCCCUGAGGCCUGAACCAGAACCACCCACACCCACACGGAGACACUAACCUUUAGGUUUCCGAGGCACUUUGUGGGUGUGCUCUCUGUUAUUUCCAUUCCCGCUGCCCGGCCGGCAGCCACAGGUGCCGGGCCUACUUUUGUUUGAUUGUUUAUUAUCCCAGUGUUAAUCAUUACACCCUUCAUAGAUGUAUCAUAUAGGUCGAAAACAGUUUGCACAAGUCCCACAGGCUCACAUUUGUAGGUUAAAUUGAAUAAUAUCUUCAGUUGAUCAUAGUGACUGACAAUUGUUGCCUAUGUAAUACAUAUUUAGUUUUUUCCUUGACAUUGAAGUAACGAAUAACUAUAUUUGAUGCAAGAGCUUCGAAUACCACAUGCGUCUCACAAAAGACCUCAUCCAACAUCAAGAGGCUCUUGUCCAGUUUGACAUUGCAUAUAAAGUUAGCAGGACCAUUGGAGACCAGCCAGACCUCAUGCAGAGAUUUGAUAAAGACUGUUGGCUGAAGCCAGAGUCUGGAAAGCACUCAAUCCCAAGGACAUCUGAGGAUAUCAACCCUAUAGUAAGUGUGCUUCUUGAUCAGGUGUGUACCUGAUCACGAUUACUUUGACACCUGUCAGGUUUUACCAAAGCUUCCAGAACAUCCAAAUAAACGUGUUGCGCAAAUUGGACUAUGUGAAACUAGUGUUGUGGAUCAGCAACCCCAAACUGAAAUCACACUGUGAGAAGAACAAACUCUCUGCUCAUUUGACACGCAGACAGAGGCCCAAAGUUGACAGUUGAUUUCAGCUGUAGUGCUGAGACCCUAGAAUAGAAAUUGUUAUCUUAAAUGCCACAGUUAGAGAAGUGAUGUAAGAAAUGGGAAAGAAUAAGUAGUACUGAAACCAAUGACAAUGUAAACUCACAAAAUGUGUAUUUAUUUUUAUAAUGUUCAGUGGCGUGUAUUCAUGGUUGCCAAGGGAAGCCAGGCUGCCCACAAAUAAAUUACACGAAAAAAAUAUAUUAAUUUAUCUUUCGUCUCUGUAUUUCAGAAUUUUCCUUCAAUUUGAAAGAAGCUGUAUAUUUCUCACCCUCUGUCUUUGUAUGUGUCUGGUCAAAAAGAUGCUGAUGCUGUCUGGUCAAAAAGAGUAUGACAUUGUUGCCGCCUGUAGCAUUUAAUACAAGGGAGGUCAACAUGCAUUUUGCCUACUUUGAUAAAAAAAAGUAUAAAAUAAUAGCCAAUCAGCGUUGAGCUAAACUGAGUGAGUUCAACUAUGAAUAGUCCUGGAGCACCAAAACAAGUGUCAAGGGAAGCCAGUGAGGAUUUGGCUUCACCCCAAACGUAAUUGACAGAAAAAAAACUUGAAUUGUUGCAUCUCGUUGUGUUGUUGUCCUCCAGUGGCUAGCUAGCUAAAAUUGGUAUUUUCCUAAAUUGGCCAUGGAUGGAGACAAGGAUUUUGACUUUUUAAACUCUCCGUAUUGGCCGAUGAUUAUAAUGGCAAUUCUGAUCCAACCAUAAAUGCAUACAUUGCUGUGCCUGAGAGAAUGGAAGUUCCAUAUGUAGGUAGAUGUAACUAAUGUUAACUAGCUGGCCUGGCACAUUGUUGCCCAUGAAAGUAAGUUAGGCUAGCAAGAAAACAUUUUAGUCAGAUAGCCUAGGACAACAAAAAAUGUUAGCCUGUACUGUAUGACAGAGUCAUAGGCCCUUUCGUCAUCAUGAAAGCGAGGAGGACGGCAUUGGUGUUUCUCUACAAGUAGGGUCAACAUGUUUUUUCUAGUUACACGGACGCACGCACACACACACAAACAGAGAAGUCAGAACCAUGGAAAGCCACAUCAUAUUUGGCUUACGUAGUUCUUUUAGUUGUAUUCACUGUAUUAGAUUAAGGUGAUUUGAUGAUGUUGAAAUGGUGCUUGAAUAGUGGCGGCAGCUCCUGUUUUCUUUGUGACUUGCAUUAACUCCCCAUGGUUCUAAAUCAAUAGUCGUUUAGUAGUCCGAAAAUGUUGCUUGACCAUGCUGUAGGUCAUGUAACUGUUUGUUACAUGCAAUAUGCUUUGUGGACUUCAUCGGACAGAGGUUCCUCUCCAGUUUUGUGAUGAAACAAAGGUGUGGUUGAAUUUAUUCUGCCACUGUAUCUUCUAAUUGUCUUGGCCUUAGGCCUGUAUAUCACAGGUGCAAGGCAUUUUAACUAACAGGUUAUAGCGCAAACAACACAAUUAUCAAAACACAGGUUGUAAUAUGGCUUUUUUUCUGGCUUGGCUUCCCCAGUGAUUUUAUCCACACACCGCUACUGAUUACGUUACAUUUUUUUGUACCAUUUAUUUGUGUAAUUAUUUUAACUGAAAAUAUUCCCUGUACCUUUUUUUGUACCAUUUAUUUGUGUAAUUACUUUGUUAUGUACUGUUAAUAUUCUUCCUGUUGUUGCUGUCUGAGACUUUAUAUAGGAAUAAGUUAUAUGGGCUAUGAUUUGUACACCAUGCAAGAGCAGUAACACAACUGCCGUAGCCUUUUCCCAAUUCACUUUUUCAACUUUUAAAGUUUAUAGUAGUACACUUUGUUACUUAUUUCAUCCAAAAAGGCAAUGACAAAUUAAUUUACAAUAGUCAUAUAAUCCACUGAGCAUUGAUGUUUCCAAAUCUGGAUUAUUUAUUAAAGUCAAGUGAAGGAGAAAAAUUAAGGAACAAGUAACUAUGGGUGACAGGUCACAUCUUGGCCCACUCUAUACUUUAGAUCAGGGUUUCCCGAACUCGGUCCUAAGAUCUGGGGUGCACAGCUGUUUCAAAUAAUCAAAGCAUGAUGAGUAAGGGAAUUGUGCUCCGAAUGAUUUUGUUAGUCUUACUCUAAUUAGCUGAUGUGCAAUAAACAGAGACACUACCAUGAACAGUUGUGUGGUCAAAUAAUACCUCUCUCUGUUAUUGCCGAUGCCCUUCAAUGACCAGUCUAUGUCUUGGAUGUAAUUGUUGUCCGGCAUGCCUCUCCUUGCAAUGGCAUGAGGUAGCACAAUUGUCACAGGUGUUAUGUGUCACGCCUUGGUCAUAGUGUUUUGUGUUUUCGUUAUAUAUUUGGUCAGGCCAGGGUGUGACAUGGGUUUAAUAUGUUGUGUUUCGUAUUGGGGUUUUGUAGGCAUUGGGAUUGCGGCU